AUGCGCCUCAUUCGCCUCUUGCCUCGCUCCCCAUGCCUCCCUGUGUGUGUGCCAUCAGAGGGUGGAGCAGGAGUCGCCCAUGGAGCUCAUCAACGCCGUGCCGCCCAUCCUCGUGCACUCUCGCGUCGUUGCCUGCCGGGGAGGUGCGUGGAGGGGGGGAGAGACGAGGUGGGUGGGAAGGAAGAGAGGAGGUGGGAGGGGGGGAAGGGAGGAGCAACGGGAAACGAGAGGUCGGGGUUGGACUGGCGAGGCCCCAUCCCUGGGCUGGACCUUUCAGCUCCAACCCCAGCACUGGGCCAUCCAGUGGAGUACACCAACGUGGACACGCCUCAGCCCGUGCCCUGCUCAUCAACAUGCCCCCCCCUUCUCCCAGUUUCUCUCCCCCCCAGGCCCCAACCCAGCGCUGGGCCAUCCAGUGGAGUAAAUCAACGUGGACGCCCCUCAGCCCUCGCCCUGCUCAUCAACAUGCCCCCACCUCCCCUUCACCCCUUCCCUCCCCCACCUCUUCUUUUACCAGGUCCCAACCCCGCGCUGGGCCAUCCAGUGGAGUAUAUCAACGUGGACGCGCCUCAGCCUGCUGUCUGCAAGUACUGCGGCCUGCGCUUCCUGCAAGAGCACCACCACUGA